AUGUCAGAUAUUGCCUUAGGAAAAUAUCUUUUUGAAAGACUCAAGCAAGUAGAAGUGUCAACCAUUUUCGGGUUGCCAGGGGACUUUAAUUUGACCUUAUUAGAUAAAAUCUAUGAGGUAGAUGGUAUGAGAUGGGCUGGUAAUGCUAACGAAUUGAAUGCUGCAUAUGCUGCUGAUGGGUAUUCUAGAGUCAAGGGUCUUGCUUGCCUUGUAACAACAUUCGGUGUUGGUGAAUUGAGUGCAGUCAAUGGUGUUGCGGGAGCUUACGCAGAACACGUUGGCUUAUUACAUGUUGUAGGUGUUCCAUCAAUUUCAUCCCAAGCUAAUCAAUUAUUACUUCAUCAUACUUUGGGUAAUGGUGACUUUACAGUUUUCCACAGAAUGUCAAAGAAUAUUAGUCACACAACCGCAUUUUUGUCUGAUAUUCAAAGUGCCCCAGCUGAAAUUGAUAGAUGCAUUAGAGAUGCUUAUGUUUAUCAAAGGCCUGUCUAUCUUGGAAUACCAGCUAAUUUGGUUGAAUUGACUGUUUCUUCUUCCUUGUUGGAAAAGCCUCUCGAUUUGUCAUUGAAGCCAAACGACGCUGAAGCUGAAGAAGAAGUUGUCGACUCUAUCUUAAAAUUGAUCGAAGAAAGUAAGAAUCCGAUAAUUUUAGUUGAUGCUUGUGCAUCGAGACAUAAUUGUAAACAAGAAACCAAAGAAUUGGUCGAAAUCACUCAAUUCCCUGUCUUUACUACCCCAAUGGGAAAAGGUACAAUCGAUGAAGGAGGUGUUGGUGGUUUAUUAGAGGAUGAUCCUACCUCAAUUGAAAAGAUCCAGAAAAAACUAGACCAUGGUAGUUCUGUCUCUUCAAGAUUUGGAGGUGUUUACGUUGGUAACUUAUCUCAUCCUGAAGUCAAAGAAGCAGUAGAAAAUGCAGAUUUGAUUUUAUCUAUCGGAUCUUUAUUAUCUGACUUCAAUACUGGGUCUUUCUCAUACAGUUAUAAAACAAAAAAUAUAGUUGAAUUCCAUUCUGACUAUACCAAGAUUAGACAGGCAACAUUCCCUGGUGUUCAAAUGAAAGAAGCCUUACAGCAUUUAUUGAAGAAGGUUGGAAAGGCCGCAUCACACUAUAAGCCUCAACCAGUUCCAAAGGUUAAGUUGGUUAAUACUCCAGCGUCAAGAGAUUCCAAAUUAACUCAAGAGUGGUUGUGGACUAGGGUAUCAUCAUGGUUCAGAGAAGGUGAUAUUAUUAUCACUGAAACCGGUACCUCUGCAUUUGGUAUCGUGCAAUCUAGAUUCCCUAAUAAUACGACCGGUAUUUCGCAAGUUUUAUGGGGAUCUAUUGGUUUUACAGUUGGUGCAACAUUAGGUGCUGUCAUGGCCGCCGAAGAAAUUGACCCCUCUAAAAGAGUUAUAUUAUUCAUAGGUGAUGGUUCCUUACAAUUGACUGCGCAAGAAAUAUCAACCAUGAUAAAAUGGAAGACAAAACCAUACUUAUUUGUCUUGAAUAACGAUGGCUACACUAUCGAAAGAUUAAUUCAUGGUGAAAAUGCCACCUAUAAUGAUGUUCAACCUUGGAAAAAUUUAGAUUUAUUGCCGUUAUUUAGUGCUGAGGAUUACGAUGCAAUUAGAAUCUCCACCAUUGGUGAAGCUGAAGAUAUUUUCAGAGAUAAGGAGUUCAAAGAAAACACUAAAAUACGUAUGGUUGAAGUCAUGUUACCACGUAUGGAUGCUAGUACUAAUUUAAUCAAGCAAGCUGAAUAUCUGGCGAAGACGAAUGCUGCAAAUUAA